AUGUUCAAGGCCAUCUUCUCAUCAUCGAGCAGCUCCAAGGAGCAGAAUAGCAAGAGCGAUUCGCGACCGUCGUCGGCCUCCUCGUCCAAACACAAGCAAAGCGCAUCACCUUCAUCCUCGCCCACCAUGGACUCGCUGCCGCUCCUACCUUCGCGUGCCUCUAGCUCAGCAAUGGCUGCUUGGACCAUUCCGCCCUUUCCUCAUCCGCUUCCCGAGCGUCGUAUCGGCAUACUACCCACGGAGCAAGGGCUGCUAGUUUAUCCACGCAGCUCUACACAUGUGGCAGGCAAUCGCCAUCAUCCUAUCCACCACGUCAAGGCAAGCACCGCGGCUGCCCCCGCCGCCAACUCGUCCAAUCGGCCGUACGGUUCAGGAGAUGGCUUCAAGGUCGCAACCAUCGGCGCUUCCCAUGCGCCUUCGUCUAGCACCUCGGCCGCUCCAGUCGCCGCUACCGGUGCACUUCCGUCCCUCACUUCACUCGAUGUCGGCUUCCUCAUCGACUGGACCAGGGAAGCCAAGAUCACUCCGUUGGCUCCCCCUGCAUGGUCAUCCCUCUUGGACAGCGCCUCCUCAGAUGAGCCGACGUUGGAGUGCUCCGGCAUCAUCGGUCUUUCCUGCUUCUUCAACAGCAGCUAUCUGUUUGUCAUCACCGACUCCAAGCUGAUCGGCCACUACUUCCACGAUACUCGCCCCAUCUACUGCUGCACCGGCGUGCUUGCCAUCCCGCUCCUGCAGCAGGAAGCUACGCAAGCCAUCCGUGCUCAGUUGACAAAGCAAGGCAGCCCACCCACACCAUCCGUCCAAUCCUCAUCGCACAGGGACGAUGCCGAUGUCUCUGACUCAAAGGACCAAUCGGACUCCGAGAGCGAGGGCGACACCGAGUCGAGCGAAUCUGACUAUGACGACGUUGAAACUCCGGCUGCUAUCCCGAGGGAGCCGUUCUUUUCGUCGCUCCCGGCCUCGCAACGCAGCGACACUUUGCGUGUGCCCAAGUCACGGCCCUGGCUUACGCGUGCCGCUCGAGCCGUUUCAGAUAGCCGCAUCGAGACCAUCUCCGAGGAUGCAGAUACGCAGGCCAAGCUGGCAGAUGCUUCCGUCCAUGCCGUCGACAUGACUGACGAGCCGGAAGUCAUCCCAAUCCCAGACCCCGUUGUCGACGCAGAAGUUCACGACACGUCAGCUGUCGCUGCCACCCCCGACGAACAGUGGCAUGCCGCCAAGCAAGCUGAGCUCGAGGACAAGGCUGUCAGAGAGACAGCCAAGUACUGGGCUCGCGGCGAGUUCUGGUUCAGUUACGACUUUGAUCUCACCACGUCGCUGCAGAACAAGCGGCGUGCGCUCGACAAGUCAGCGCGCUCUGAUUCAGGCGCCGCGCCGCGCUCGAUGCCACGGCCGCUGCAUCCCACGCAGGGUUCAGCCAGCGACGCUUCCGACUCGACCACGCACUUCCCUUUGCUUGCCGAGCCCUAUCCAAACCUUCCGCUUUGGCGCAGAGCAGAUCGACGGUUCUGGCACAACGAGCACAUGUCCAGAGAUUUCGUCCACGCCGGCCUGCAUGCCUAUAUCCUUCCGGUCAUGCAAGGCUAUCUGCAAACGGUUAGUCUACCGGUGCGCCCGCAGGAUGCGCCCGAAGCAUACACAGCGUCGACCGAGGCCAAGGUCGACGAGCCGGUGGUGCGCUGUCAAUUGAUGGUCAUCUCGCGCCGCUCCAAGGAGAGGGCAGGCCUGCGCUAUCAACGCAGAGGCAUCAACGAGGCGGGCCAGGUGGCCAACUUUGUCGAGACCGAACAGCUGGUGUACGUGCUACGCAGUCGUGCGGGUGUGGCAUCUGCUAGCGAAGUGGUCGCGGAUGCUCUUUCAUUUGUGCAGAUCCGAGGCUCGAUCCCGCUCUACUGGUCCCAGAGCCCCUUCUCGCUCAAGCCACCGCCGGUGCUCGAGCGCACCGAGGUGGAGAACCUUGACGCAAGCCGGAAGCACUUUGGCGUGCAGGUCGACCGUUAUGGCUCUAUCACGUGCAUCAACCUGGCAGAACAGGGUGGGAAAGAAGGUGCCAUCUCAAAAGCAUACCGAGCUGCAGCGGAGAAGUUGCGGGACGAAGACGUGGCCGGAGGCAGCGGCAAGACGUGGGACCGCAAGAAGGUUCACUAUGUCGACUUUGACUUCCACAAGGAGUGCUCGGGCAUGCGUUUCGAGAACGUCGCCAAGCUCAUUGCGCAGAUGGAGCCGACGCUGGCGCAGAUGAAGUAUUACCAUCAUCGCAGCGUCGGUGCUGCCAAAGCCGAUGUGGAGGUGCUCAACAUGCAGACGGGAGUGUUCCGCGUUUCGUGCCUCGACUGCCUGGACCGCACAAACGUCGUGCAGUCCGCCUUUGCCAGGCAUGUGCUGACUGGCCAGUUUGCUAAGCUCGGCAUUCGAGUGGGCGACUCCGUUUCUUCGUCCGCAUCUGCCGCCGAGACAGCAACCUAG